UUCCUGCCCCAGCGUACAACAGAGGGAGGAAAGAUGGCGGUGGCCGAAGCUAAAAGAGAUCCAUCGUCCGCUUUAUGCUCGGAGUUUCUGAACUUCUCCGCCAAAGACACCGCGUCGCGGUGGCUGGCGGCGGCCGACCUGCAGCAGGAGGUGUACUGUCACUUGGCCGUGUAUGUACCCAGAAUCUUUUGCUUGGGGCCGUGCGGUGGGAGGGAGGAGCAGAGGGAGGAACAAAGGGAGGAGCUCGCCUGUCAGCUUCUCCUCCUCGCUCCAUUUGAGUGGUUCCUGCUGGGGGAGGAGCCUGCAGCUGGGCUGGCGCUGCUGCAGGAGAAUAACCGGCCGUCAGCACUGUGUGGGCACGUGUUCAAGGUGGGAGAACCCACCUACUCUUGCAGGGAGUGUGCAGCUGACCCAACGUGUGUCCUCUGCAUGCAGUGUUUCCUGGGCAGUGUUCACAAAGAGCAUCGAUACAGGAUGACCACGUCAGGAGGAGGAGGUUUCUGUGACUGCGGAGAUGCUGAAGCCUGGAAGACAGGUCCUUACUGCCAGAAACACACACCAGGAGACGAAAGCUGCGACGCUCAGGAGGACCCCAUAACUCAGCUGCCUGCUGACAUGGUCGGACGUGCGUUAAGCUUCUUCUUCAUCAUCCUGAAAUACGCUGUUGACCUGCUGACCUGGGAGCAUGAGGACCUGCUGCCAACAGGACUGGAGCCACUUGAGCGAGAGGACACCUACUACUGCAUGCUCUUCAAUGAUGAAGUGCACACGUACGAGCAGGUGAUCUACACGCUGCAGAAAGCUGUCAACUGCAGCCAUAAGGAGGCCAUGAGCUUCGCCACCACCGUGGACCGAGAUGGCAGGAAGUCAGUUCGAUAUGGGGACUUGCAGUUCUGUGAACAGGCCAAGUCUGUUAUUGUGAGGAACACCAGCCGUCAGUCGAAGCCUCUCCGGGUUCAGGUGAUGCACUCAUCUGUUGUUGCUCAUCAGUGUUUUGCUCUGAAGGCUCUGAGCUGGUUGGGUCAGAUCAUUCAGUACUCUGAUGGUCUGAGGAGGAUCCUGUGUCAGGUGGGCCUGCAGAAAGGUCUGGAGGGAGAGAACUCCUCGCUGGUGGACCAGCUGAUGCUCAGUGACUCCAAGAUGUGGAAAGGAGCAAGGAAUAUCUAUCACCAGCUGCUCAUGAACAGCCUCCUCAUGGACCUCAAGUACAAGAAGAUCUUUGCCAUCCAGUUUGCCAAGAAUUACGAACGCUUGCAGAGCGACUAUGUGAAAGACGACCACGACCGUGAGUUCUCCAUCACUGACCUGUCAGUGCAAAUGUUCACCGUCCCGUCACUGGCCCGAAUGCUAAUGGUGGAGGAGAACCUGAUGACCACCAUCAUCAGAACCUUUGUGGAUCAUCUCCGCCACAGAGACCUGCAGGGACGCUUCCAGUUUGACCGCUACACCGCUCAGCAGGCCUUCAAGUUUGGACGAGUCCAGAGCCUCAUUGGAGACCUCAAGUACGUCCUGAUCAGCCCUCCAUCUGAGUGGAGUGAUCAGCUCAGGCUCAAGUUUCUGGAAGGUUUUGAUGCUUUUCUGGAGCUCCUGAAGUGCAUGCAGGGCAUGGACCCAGUGGUGAGACAGGUGGGGCAGCACAUUGAGAUGGAGCCUGAGUGGGAGGCGGCGUUUACGCUGCAGAUGAAGCUGACCAAUAUCAUCUCCAUGAUCCAGGAAUGGUGCUCCACUGAUGAGUGUGUGCUGAUUGAGGCCUACAAGAAAUGUCUGAGCGCACUCAGUCACUGUCACAGCAGACUCCCAGAUGGUGAGCAGCCAAUCAGCUUGAGCUUGGCAGGUCACAGCGUGGAGACUUUCAGGUACCAGGUGUCUCAGGACAAAGUGUCCAUACACCUGCCAGUCUGCAGGCUUCUGGCAGGUCUCCAUGUCCUCCUCAGCAAAACAGAGGUGGCAUCUCGAUUCCCUGAGCAGCUCCCAUUGGGUGAACUUAGUCCCCCCCUUCUGAUUGAACUCCCCCUCCGUUGCCUGGUGCUCUGUGCCCAGGUGCAUGCUGGGAUGUGGAGAAGGAACGGAUUCUCAUUGAUUAACCAGAUUUAUUAUUACCACAAUGUCAAGUGUAGAGUGGAGAUGUUCGACAAAGACAUCAUCAUGCUGCAGGCGGGGGCGUCGAUGAUGGAUCCAAACCACUUCCUUAUGAUCGUUCUGAGUCGAUUCGAACUGUUUCAUGUUUUCAGUACUGCAGACAUCAGGAAGAGAUACAGAGAAGCCAACAAGGACCUGGUCCAGCAGAAUACUCUGAUCGAAGAGAUGCUUCAUCUCAUCAUUAUGGUGGUCGGUGAGCGAUAUGUGGCGGGAGUCGGCCAGGUGGAGCCUUGCGAUGAAGUCAGAAGAGAAAUUAUCCACCAGCUAUCGAUCAGACCGAUGGCUCACAGCGAGCUGGUGAAGGCUCUACCUGAGAAUGGAAACAAGGAGACGGGAUUGGAGAGAGUCAUCGACAGUGUGGCUUCAUUCAAGAAGCCAGGUGUGACAGGUAGAGGUCUGUACGAGCUUCGCCCUGAGUGGAGCAAACACUUCAACCUUUACUUCCAUCACUACAGCAGAGCCGACCAGACCAAGGCUGAGGAGGCUCAGAGAAAGCUGAGAAGACAGAAUGGGGAGGACACAGCCCUGCCCCCUCCUUCCCCUCCCCCCCUCCGUCCUCUGUUUGGCAGCCUGGUGAACCUCCUUCAGUGUGAUGUGCUCCUCGCCAUAGAGGGCGCUGUCCUGCAGUGGGCCGUGGAACCCAGCGGGGGUAGCUGGACUGAGUCCAUGCUGCAGCGGGUGCUUCACCUGGUGGGCAUGGCUCUGCUGGAGGAGCAACAGCAGCUGGAGAACAGCAGCGGAGAUGAUACUGUCACCUUCAACUACACUUGCAAGAUCAUACGUCCAGGUGAGGCGCCCAGUACUUCAGGAAGUGUCCUGGCUCUGCUGGAGAGUCUGCAGAAUGCCCCUCACCUGGAGGUCCACAAAGACAUGAUCACCUGGAUCCUUAAGGUGGUGUCAAAUAUCAAAAUGAUGAGAGAGCGAACCUCAUCGGCCUCCACAGUCACUGUCAGCCCAGGAAGAGGCCCCGAGGAGACCGUGAGAGACAAAGACAAGGCGGAGAGAAAGAGGAAGGCGGAGAUGGCAAGGCUUCGCAGGGAGAAGAUCAUGGCUCAGAUGUCAGAGAUGCAGAAACAUUUCAUCAACGAGAACAAGGAGCUGUUCCAGCAGAGCAUGGAGGAGCUGGAGGUAUCCAUGUCAGCAGCUGACCACAGUCCUCCCAGUACAGAAUUCACCUGUAUGUCUCAGGUGUGUGUUGGUCCCAGGAGGGUGGGUGGGGCUGAGCACCGACAGCUGGUCACCUGCAUCCUGUGUCAGGAAGAGCAAGAGGUCAGAGGUCAUAGCAGAGCAAUGGUGCUGGCAGCAUUUGUCCAGAGGUCUACUGUUCUGUCUAAAAACCGCUGCCGCAACUUGUCUAAUCCAGACCACCAUGAGCCCCUGUUCAUGCACCCCGAGCUCUCUCUCGGGAUUCACACCGCCAGCUGUGGACACAUCAUGCACGCCACCUGCUGGCAGAGGUACUUUGAGGCAGUGCAGCUGAAGGAACAGCGACGGCAGCAGCGUCUGAGAGGCCACACGAGCUAUGACGUGGAAAAUGGCGAGUUCCUGUGUCCGCUGUGCGAGUGUCUGAGCAAUACUGUGAUCCCUCUGCUGCCACUUGCACCCUCACCUGAUCGCAGUGUUGCACAUCCAAGUUUGGAGGCAUGGCUUAAGACAACCAUUGAGCAGAUAGCAGCUCUUCACUCAGCUCACAGGAAGCAGUUUGAUGGUGCAGCAGAUGAGGCGGAGCCUGUUGUUCCUGAAGGGUUCCAAAUUGACUUCACUCCACAGAACCCAUUCUCCAGCAGCAUCAGUGAGAUGAUCACCACCUUCAGCCUGUCCACAUAUAAUGUGGGACUUAAGGUGAACCCCAAUGAGCAGGACCCCCGAGUCCCAGUGCUGAGCUGGUCCACCUGUGCCUACACCAUUCAGAGCAUAGAGUGCCUGCUGAUGGAUGAGGAGAAGCCACUUUUUGGAAGUUUACCUUGCAGACAGGACGACUGUCUGAGCUCUCUCACCAGGUUCAGUUCAGCCUGUUGGACUACAGUUCCUCUGAACACUGUUCAGACUCACUUCAUCAGACUGUUCUCAGCUUUGGUUCCAGACACUCAGGUAGAAAACACUCCGAGUAUCCUCGACGUCGACAUGUUUCACCUGCUGGUUUAUGCCGUGCUGUCUUACACCUCUGUUCACUGUUUGGACCAGUCAGGAUGCAGCGUGGUAGACUCGGGCCACCUCCACCUCCUUCACCUGGUUACUGUGGCUCACCUGAUUCAGAUCCUGCUCACCUCCACCACGGAGGAGGUAUGUAUGGAUCAGGACAUUGGAGGGUCAGAGGAGGAGGAGCUCACCUGUCAGCUGUACAGCACACUGAAGAAAUACCUGGGAAGUGUGUUACCUGAGGUGUCCUCUGGGUGGCAGCUGUAUCGUAGUCUUAAAGCUGGUGUUCUGCCAUUCCUCCGAGCCACGGCCCUGUUUUUCCACUACCUGAACUCUACAACGCCCCCUGCUGAGCUGCUGGUUACAGGUCCUGGUCAGUGGGAGGCACUGUGCAGCUACCUCAGUCUACCCUCCAACCUGCUGCUGCUUCACCACAACCAACAGACACUGCUGGAGCCACUCAUUCACAGGUGGUGUUGUCAUCCAAGUGUGAGACAGAUGUUGCAGGGGGGUGGAGCCAUUAUCAGGUUCCCUAGGGAGUCGAAUCGACUGAUUGAGCUGCCAGAGGAUUACAGUGUGUUGAUCAACCAGGCAUCCAGCUUCACGUGUCCGCGGUCAGGUAGGGAUAAGUCUCGUGCUCCCACACUGUGCCUGGUGUGCGGCUGCAUGCUCUGCUCUCAUAGUUACUGCUGUCGGACGGAGGUGGAUGGCGAGGAUGUGGGCGCCUGCACCGCACACAGCUUCACCUGCGGAGCAGGCCUCGGCCUUUUCUUCAGGGUCAGAGAGAGUCAGGUGUUGUUUGUAGCAGGUAAAACAAAGGGCUGCUUGUACCCGCCGCCGUACCUGGACGACUAUGGAGAAACAGACCAGGGCCUCAAGCGCGGGAACCCCCUCCACCUGUGUGCUGAGCGUUACAGGAAGAUUGAACGUCUGUGGCGGCAGCAUGGCAUCACUGAGAUCAUCGGUCACGCUCAGGAGGCCAAUCAGACACUGGUCACCAUCAACUGGCAGCACCUGUGAUAUUUAACUCAGCCCCACCCUUGACCUUAGAGAGGCACUCACUAAUUGGCUCUAAGCUGUGGCUCCACCCCUUUUAAUAACAAACCUUCCUUGAACCAAUAAACUUCCUGCAGCCCAAUGCCAAGUAACUUUCAGGGAUUUUUGACCUCCACAUCUGCCCACCAAUCAGAAUAAGACAAUAACAGGAAGCUGGAGUGAAGCCCCACCCCCUAUCUUCAGACACAUCACCACCCUCGUUUGUUACUGGCUGAAAGCAUACUCAUACUGUCUCUGUAGCAGUUUAUUGAUCGAUAUGUGGAUCGAUUCAGAUCUAUCAAUAAAGCAAGAUUGGAAGAGCUGAAGCUUCAGCUGAUUGAUAAGUGAAAACAUAUCAGCUGCAUAUUGACAAGCAGUGAUCACGUUUAUUUUAGUUUAACGUUUAUUUAGAGCUGAUUGGUGGUGUGCUGUGUGAUGUCACUUUCUGUGUUUUAUGUUUGAAUGCAGAGAAACUUUAUUUAAAGAGGUCAAGUUUUCAGUUUGAUGUUUUUUUUUAAUGGCUGUCAGCUGAUCAUCUCAUUGAUCUCAUGACCUGUUAAUAUGUGAAUUCUUGUAUAAACGAGGACAUGUAUUAUAAAAACAAUAAAAGCUUUAAAAUGA